AUGGUUGUUGUGGGUGGUGGAAUUAUUGGCUUAGCCACUGCUAGAGAGUUGUUAAUAAGACAACCAACAUUAAAGUUGGCAGUUCUGGAAAAGGAAUCUCUCUUAGCUCAGCAUCAAUCCACUCAUAAUAGUGGUGUUAUCCAUAGUGGCGUCUAUUAUGUGCCUGGCUCAUUAAAAGCCAAGUUAUGCGUCGAAGGAGCUAAUUUAAUGUAUGAAUAUUGCGAUAAGAGUAAAGUCCAAUACAAAAAGUGUGGAAAGGUUAUAGUUGCUGUGGAAAAAAAUGAAAUGACCAGAUUAAAGAAUCUUUAUGAAAGAGGAUUGCAAAAUGGCGUUCGCGAUAUCAGAUUGAUUUCCAAAGAAGAACUGAAAACAUUAGAACCAAACUGUGAGGGUAUUGCUGCUAUAUACGUUCCUCAUACCGGUAUUGUAGACUAUGGACAAGUAGCGAAGUCUUAUUCUGAGGAUAUUCGUAACUUUGGUGGUAGCCAUAAGGAAAAUAUCAAAAGUAGGUUUGUCAUUACAUGUUGCGGAUUGUAUUCCGAUCGCCUUGCGUCCAAAUCAGGAUGCGAAUCCGAACCGAAAAUUGUACCAUUUCGCGGAAACUAUUUAGUUUUACGAAAAAACAAAAGUAAUCUUAUCAACGGUAAUAUCUAUCCGGUUCCUAAUCCUGAUUUGCCAUUUCUAGGAGUACAUUUUACUCCUAAAAUAAAUGGGGAAGUAUGGCUCGGCCCAAAUGCAAUACUGGCUUUAUCGCGUGAAGGUUAUCGCUUCACUGAUAUUAAUCCUCAACAACUAAUGGAAUCUAUCAGUAAUAAAGGAUUAAUAAAGUUACUUUGCAAACAUUGGCAAUUUGGUAUUCAAGAAACAAUCAGAAAUGCCUUUUUGCCGGCACAGAUACAGCAAUUGCAGCGUUAUGUCCCAAAGCUUCAAAUUGACGACGUUGUCAGGGGACCAGCAGGUGUUAGAGCUCAAGCCUUGGAUACUGAUGGCAACCUAGUCGAUGACUUCAUAUUCGAUAGCCCUCCCGGCAAUAUCGGUCAAUUAAUUCUACAUGUUCGAAAUGCUCCAUCGCCGGGGGCAACUUCGUCGCUGGCUAUUGCCAAAGUUAUUGCAUCAGAAAUUAAUCAUAAGCUCAAUGGUAAAAAAUCUUAA